CCCCCCCGGAGCCGCCCCCUCCCUCCCCCUCCGUCCCAGGCCUGGCCCAGGCUCCAGAGGCGGCCUCGGCGCCCUCGACACUGGCCAGCAACGCGGACCCCGGCGGCAGAGGCGCUCAGGUGCUGCCCACUUCCAACCAGUCGGUGCAGACGUGCUGCUUGCUGUGCCAUCGGGAGCGUAAAGACUGGGGAGGGCCAUCCCAUAAUGGAUUGGUAUCCCCAGGUGAGCGGCUGCCCCCAGACUUCGUACCAACACUGGUGCAGAAUCUGCUGGGAGAGAUGCCACUGUGGAUCUGCCAGAGUUGCAGGCAGAGUGUAGAAGAAGAAGAAAGGAGGGCAGUCCAGGAGCAGGCACUAGCGGUCUCACUGUCACAUACAGCCUGCAAGUCACAGUCCUGCGGGGCAGGCUCCCACUCCUCUUCAUCUUCGUCAUCUUCAUCCUCGUGCCAUGGGAAUUCAGGAGACUGGGACCCCAGUUCCUUCCUGUCUGCGCACAAGCUUUCGGGGCUCUGGAACUCCCAGCAUGUCAAUGGGGCAGCUCCGGGGAGUUCCCUCGGGGGAACACCUGUUGUACCAGGUGACAAGCACCCCGGCCUCCCUCCGGAGUGUGCCAUCCAGGCCCCUGCUGUGGGAGAUGGGCUCAAAGCCUGUCCUUACAGCCACGCGCUCUCCCCAGCUCCCAGCGGCACCCCAGGCUCACCUCUGCCUACCUCACUCGACUUCUGCAAAACGCUUCCCAAGCAGUUCAAGAGCAUGUGCCGGAGACCCACCCCGCCAGGAGAGGCCUUCCACUCCUCGGAGCACCAUCGGCACGUGGACCUCACUGCUCCUCCCAACAGCCCCACAGGCCUCCCCUCGCAGCCACCAGCACUCCUCCCGACAAAGCAGAUGCCUGCGCACCCCGGACCCUUCAGCUCUCCUCCUCACGUCCACCUGAGCUCCUCACCGCUGGCGGCCCCGUUCCCUGCACCUGCCCUCAGUCCACACACACCAGCCCCAAAGCCAGGAGCAGAGUCCCCUCCAACCGGAUCUUGUAAGAGUCCACACCUACCCACUGCCAAUGUGCCACUGCUGAAGAUACCACCUCCUGUAGGCUGCACGCACCCAUGCAACGGCCAUUGCAGUGGCUCAUUGGGUCCUCCUACUGCCUCACAUCAAUUGCCCAACACCAACAGGGACCCUGCCUGUAAGGGCCACAAGUUCCCAAACGGUACAAGUUGUCAUGCAUCACAGUCGUGUGAAGCAGAUGAGGGGCUUGGUGAGGAUGAGGACAGCAGCUCUGAACGUAGCUCUUGUACUUCCUCCUCCACAACCCAGAAAGAUGGGAAGUUUUGUGACUGCUGCUACUGUGAGUUCUUCGGCCACAAUGCGCCUCCAGCUGCUCCGACAAGCCGGAACUACGCUGAGAUCCGGGAGAAGCUGCGUUCUCGGCUGACCAAAAGAAAAGAGGAGCUUCCUCAAAAGCUGGGGCACAGUAGCAGCUCAGGAGAGCCAGCUGUAGACCACCGGGAUGUGGAUGAGCUCCUGGACUACAUCAACAGCACUGAGCCGAAGCCCCUCAAUAGCGCCAAGGCAGCCAAACGGGCACGCCACAAGCAGAAGAAAAAGGAGAAGGAAAAGGCGCAGCUUGAGGCUGAGGCCCAGAAGCGAGUGGACCGAACUCCACCCACAGGUCAGGACCAGGAGUUGGCUGAAGAAAAACUGCUAGAGUGGCCCCAGCUCGAACUGGAGCGAGUUAACAGUUUUUUGAGCAGCCGACUGCAAGAGAUCAAAAACACUAUCAAGGAUUCCAUCCGUGCCAGCUUCAGCGUCUAUGACCUCAAUCUAGAUGUCAAUGAUUUCCCCAAGAAAGCAGCCGUGCUGGAACAGAAGAACCUGCUCUCCCACCUCAAUGGCUCCUCUGAGCUGCAGGAGAUUGACCUAGACCUGUCUCCACUCAGCCUGGGUGCACCACAUAAUCAUACAUUGCUGCAGAAUGAAGUUGGCCCCCGAUGGGCUGAAAGUCCUGGAGAGGUGCCUCCACCAGCCUCUGAGAAUGGCGUGGUGAAACGGCUCAACGCUGUGCCCAAUCUCUCCCGCAUGAUUUGGGUUCAGUCACCCAAGGCAACAGACUCGCCCCAGGAAAGUGGGGUUGGCCAUGAGGCUAAGGAGACAGCGCCAGGCAGGGGAGUGGAGGUGCAGGAACACGUGCCAGCCACAGGAAAGCAGAGGAAGGCCAAGCGGCAAGGCUGCCCAGCAAAAAAGGGAGAGACUCUCACAACUUGUGAUAAUUCUGGCUCCAAGGGGGCUGGACAGAAGAAUCCUCCUAAGGCCACUGUUUUGGAUGCCGCAAGAGGCAGCGGCAGCACAGAGCAAAGUGAUGGUGCCAGAGGGUUGCGACAGGGCCAGGGAUGGGGUUGUGGUGGCUCUAAGGCUGACAAAGAGAAGAGCACUGAUGGGAAGAGCCGGAGAGGUGAAAGCAGAGCUGAACAGUCAGACCAAGAGCCACCUCCUGGAACUAAUGACAGGCAUCUCUUUCACAUGGCUGCCGCAGAUGACUUGCCCCAGCCUAAGGGUAAAGGCAAGAAGAGUAGGAACAAAAUGGAGAAAGCAAGCCCUUCCAUUGACGAUGUGUUCCUGCCCAAAGACUUGGACGGUGUGGAAAUGGAUGAAACUGACAGAGAAGUGGAGUACUUCAAGAGGUUUUGCCUGGACUCAGCCAAGCAGACCCGGCAGAAAGUGGCUGUGAACUGGACCAAUUUCACCCUGAAGAAAACCACUUCAAGUGCAGCUCAGUGAGGUGUGCGGUGCAUCCCUGGUAUAUGUGCAGGGCCCCACACUUUACUUCUCCUCCCCCAAACCCAUAGAGAGACACUUGACCUCACCAACCCUUGGCCCUUAUCCUCCUUCCCUUUCCCCCUGGGGCUCCUAUUCCUAGCCUAUAGGUGGGGCCUGGAUAGCUCCUGUGUCCCUCACCUCUCAGUGUUCGACGUUCGGGGAGAUCCUGACUGAGCCGCCCCAAGCCCAGGGGCAGUCUUGAUCGGCCAAGGCCCAGCGUGGCACAGGGACCAGGCUGCACCCAAUAAAGGACUUUUUAAUUUUU